CGCGAGCCUAACAGUGCAGCGUGAGACAGCACAUCCUGCAGGCGCAGGCCCGCCGCUCUCCGUCCUCCCGUGCCUCCUCCACCGCCCCUGUGAACCUCCGCGGACAGCAUCCAGGCAGCAAAAAUGUCUGACAAAAGUGACCUGAAAGCUGAGUUGGAGCGCAAAAAGCAGCGCUUGGCCCAGAUAAGAGAGGAGAAGAAACGGAAGGAGGAAGAACGGAAAAGGAAAGAGGCAGAUAUGCAACAGAAGAAAGAGCCGGUUCAAGAUGACUCCGAUCUCGAUCGCAAACGUCGAGAGACAGAAGCCUUGCUGCAAAGCAUUGGCAUAUCGCCGGAGCCCCCGCUAGUCCCAACCCCUAUGUCUCCCUCUUCGAAAUCAGUGAGCACUCCCAGUGACGCUGGAAGCCAAGACUCGGGCGAUCUGGGGCCAUUAACAAGAAGAAGACUGCACAAGCUGGGCGUAUCAAAGAUCACACAGGUGGAUUUCCUGCCAAGGGAAGUAGUAUCCUACUCCAAGGAGACACAGACUCCUCUUGCAACUCAUCAGUCUGAAGAGGAUGAGGAAGAUGAGGAGAUGGUGGAACCCAAAAUUGGCCAGGACUCUGAGCUGGAAAAUCAAGACAAAAAGCAGGAGGUGAAGGAAGCCCCUCCAAGGGAGCUGACAGAGGAAGAAAAACAGCAGAUCCUGCACUCAGAGGAAUUCCUCAUCUUCUUUGAUCGAACAAUCCGGGUGAUUGAAAGAGCACUCGCUGAGGAUUCUGACAUCUUUUUUGACUACAGCGGUCGAGAGCUGGAGGAGAAAGAUGGGGAUGUGCAGGCUGGAGCCAAUCUUUCCUUCUAUCGUCAGUUCUAUGAUGAACAUUGGUCCAAGCAUCGAGUGGUCACUUGUAUGGACUGGUCUCUCCAGUACCCCGAGCUGAUGGUGGCUUCCUACAACAACAAUGAAGACGCUCCUCAUGAGCCAGACGGAGUGGCCUUGGUUUGGAACAUGAAGUUCAAGAAAACCACACCAGAGUAUGUCUUCCACUGUCAGUCCUCAGUGAUGUCAGUCUGCUUUGCCCGUUUUCAUCCGAAUUUGGUGGUUGGUGGCACCUAUUCAGGCCAGAUUGUCCUCUGGGACAAUCGCAGUCAUCGAAGGACUCCUGUCCAGCGGACCCCCUUGUCAGCUGCUGCACAUACGCACCCAGUGUACUGUGUCAAUGUUGUUGGGACCCAGAACGCUCACAACCUCAUCACUGUCUCUACCGAUGGCAAAAUGUGUUCCUGGAGCCUGGACAUGCUCUCCACCCCACAGGAGAGCAUGGAGCUGGUGUACAAUAAGUCCAAGCCUGUCGCUGUUACGGGAAUGGCUUUCCCGACGGGGGACGUCAACAACUUCGUGGUUGGCAGUGAGGAAGGUACCGUCUACACAGCUUGUCGUCAUGGAAGCAAAGCAGGCAUUGGUGAAGUCUUUGAAGGUCACCAAGGGCCAGUGACAGGAAUUAACUGCCACAUGGCAGUGGGGCCCAUUGACUUUUCUCAUCUGUUUGUCACAUCAUCAUUUGACUGGACUGUCAAACUGUGGACCACAAAGCACAACAAGCCGCUCUACUCCUUUGAAGACAAUGCAGACUAUGUGUACGAUGUCAUGUGGUCCCCUGUGCAUCCCGCGCUCUUUGCCUGCGUCGACGGGAUGGGGCGCUUGGACCUCUGGAACCUCAACAGUGACACCGAGGUGCCAACAGCAAGCGUGGCCAUUGAGGGGGCAUCUGCCCUAAACCGUGUCCGUUGGGCGCAAGGUGGCAAGGAAGUUGCUGUUGGGGACUCAGAAGGCCGCAUUUGGAUCUAUGAUGUUGGAGAGCUCGCGGUUCCCCACAAUGAUGAAUGGACUCGAUUUGCCAGGACCCUGGUGGAGAUCCGCGCCAACAGGGCUGACAGCGAGGAGGAAGGCGCUGUUGAGUUAGCUGCCUAGAUGUGAGCCGCGCCUGCUCCCCGUGCCCCCCAUCCUUCCCUGCCAGAACGCAGAGUCUGCAGUCAAGGCCUUUGGUGUCCUCUCAGUAUCUAUCUCUGUGGCAUUUUGGGGGCCAUACUGUGUGCAGUGUUACCCCAUAUACUCCACAUGUACCUACUCACCCAAAGUCUGCCAUACAUUUCUAUCUUGGUGUCUCUGUCUCAAAAACAAAAGGGGGAGGGAACCCUUUAGGGGUUUAGUUGUUGCCUUUUAACUACUUGGUAGCUGUAUUUAAUAGCUGGAAACCUCUGGUUGAAUUUGUGCUUACAUGUACUUCUGGUACAGUCCUAUUAAAUCCAUAUGAAGCCAGAUAUGAUUGGGUGCAGAUGUGGCGUGCCUCAUGAUAUGGUACAGGGCCAAAGACUCGAGAUGUGGUGUUUUACAUGGUGACUCACAUUAUGAAUGGAUUUACUACAAGAACAUUGCUGCUCCUUAUUUAUUGUAAUGUGCUGCAUGGAACAUAUUUAUUUGAAAGCAUUAAAAUAAACGAUCUUAGAGCAUGUGCGUAA